AUGCCAGGCGCUGAGGAAUCCGGCGCGUCUGAGCUGGGGCGCCUGAGCGCGCUCCUGCCUCUGAGCUAUCCCGUGCCGUCGCCUGCGACGCACGAGGACCUCGUGCCGCUGGACGAUCUUGUGUUGGAGCAGGAGCUCCUGCGCAACACGGACAAUUUCCGGUCGUGGAUGUCGUACAUUGCGCAUGUCGAGGACAGCAACUACCGCAAGCGUCCUCUGCCGGAUGCGGGCAUGUCGUCGGAAGCCGUGGGCCUCUUGGGCCUGCUCUCUGAUGCGUCGCAGCGCCUCGCGUUCCAGCGCAUCGUGAGCGUGUACGAGCGUGCCUUGGCCCAGUUUCCGCGUUCUUACCACCUGUGGCACAAGUACCUCGAUGCGCGCGCGCGUUUCGUGCUGGGCGAGCUGCAGGGCGGUGCUGCAGCCGCACGCAAGCGCAUGCUCCAGGCAAACAGCGUCGCGGUCGACGCAGGUCCGACGCUGCUCGACACGCGCAAGGCCGAAGAGCAGGCCAACAUCUACGAAGGCGGCCUCGACGGCGUGCUGGGCUGGAAGGAAUGGCACUCGCUCGCGGCCGCAUAUGAGCGUGCGCUCAUGUGGCUGCCGACGAUGCCGCGUCUGUGGCUCGACUACCUGAAUCUGUUUGUGCACCCCAAGUGUUCCCCGGCCUUGUCGCGUACGCAUGCGCGCCGCACAUUUGAUCGUGCGCUGCGCACGCUCCCCGGAUCGCUGCACCUGCGCGUGUGGAAGAUCUACCUGCGCUGGGCCGAGACGUGCGGCGGGCACGUCGCGCAAAAGGUCUGGCGCCGGUACCUGCGCGUGGACCCCAGUCUCUCGGAGCGGUAUGUCCGCCUGCUGGUCGACCACCGCGGCGCGCCGUGCUAUGCGGAUGGCGCGCAGUCGAGUAUCGCACCGGAAGAGGAGGACGAGGACGAGGACGAGCUGAGUGUCACGGCGCAGAAACGCAUCCUCGAGGCGUCCAAGAUCCUCUUGCAGCUUGCGCGCAAAGCGCUCGCCGGCACCUAUAUCAGUCCUGACGGCAAGAGCCCGUUCCAGCUGCUGAUCGAGUGGCUGGAGCUCACCGAGCGCUUCCCGGAGGAGAUUGGGCUGAGCCGCGAGGAGGAGGAGGCGUGUGCCCCCCUGGAAAAGAACGCCGACGGCUCCGUCAUUGAGCCUGCGAGCGAGACCGAAGCCGCGGACCCGUCCAAGCUGCCGGUGCACCGCAUCGUCGAGGUCGACGGUCUUGCGCGCUUCCCCGACCAGGCCGGGCGUCUGUGGACGGGCCUGGCGACGUACUAUAUCAAGCGUGGCGACCUGGUCGCCGCCCGCGAUACCUUUGAGCAAGGCAUGAAGCAGGUCGUGACGGUGCGCGACUUUACGCAGAUCUUUGACGCGUACGCCGAGACGAGCGAGAAUGUGAUCAGCUUCAUGAUGGAAGAGCUCGCGGAGGACGACGAGGACGCGGCGCCGGUCGAGGAGCGCGAGGCCGAGGUUGACCAGCGUAUGCAAGAGUUUGAGGAGCUGAUGGAGCGCCGGCCCUUCCUUGUGAACGACGUGCUUCUUCGCCGCAACCCCGACGACGUGCAAGAGUGGGAGAAGCGCGUCGCGUUGUGGGGCGAUCAGGACAAGAAGGUGAUCGAGACGUACAAGCAGGCGAUCGAGACGAUUAAUCCCCGCAAGGCGACGCCGAACCUGCACCAGCUCUAUCUGCACUUUGCGCGCUUCUAUGAGGACGGCGGCUCGAUGGCACGCACGGAUCCCAGCAAGGCACUGCGUGAUCUUCCGUCUGCGCGCCAAAUCUUGGAGCGUGCGAUCAAGGUGCCGUACCGCCGCGUGGACGACCUCGCCGAGGUUUGGUGUGCGUGGGCCGAGAUGGAGGUGCGCAACGGGAACUAUGACGAGGCGCUGCGUGUCUUGUCGCGUGCGACGGCGGGCCCCAGCGGCCAGAACAAGAUCCAGGCCGUGUCGUACUAUGACGACACGCUCCCCCCCCAGAGCCGCCUCUUUAAAAGCCUCAAGCUCUGGGGCCUCUAUACGGAUCUGCAAGAGUCGCUCGGGUCGAUCGAGAGCGCCAAGCAGGCGUUCGACCGGAUCAUGGAGCUGAAGAUUGCGAAUGCACAGACGAUCAUCAACUACGCCACGUUCCUCGAGGAUCAGCACUACUUUGAAGAGUCGUUCAAGGUGUACGAGCGUGGCGUCGAGGUUUUUACGUAUCCCGUCGCGUUCGAGCUGUGGAACGUGUACUUGAGCAAGUUUGCCAAGCGAUACGGUGGCUCGCGCCUCGAACGUACGCGCGACCUGUUUGAGCAGGCGCUCGAAAAGUGCCCCCCCAAGUUUGCCAAACUGCUCUACCUGCAGUACGGCCAGUUUGAGGAGGAGCACGGCCUGGUGCGCAAGGCGAUGAGCAUCUACGAGCGUGCGACCAAGGCUGUUGCCGUCAACGACCGCUACGAGAUGUACAUUUUCUACGCCGCCAAGGCCUCUGCGAACUACGGCCUGGCGGCCACGCGCCCCAUCUACGAGGCGGGCAUCGAGGCGCUGCCCGACCGCCAGACGGCGCUGCUGUGCCAGCGCUUUGCCGCGAUGGAGCGCAAGCUCGGCGAAAACGAGCGUGCGCGUGCGAUCUACGCACACGCGAGCCAGUUCUGCAACCCCAAGACGCAGCCAGAGUUUUGGAAGACGUGGAACACGUUCGAGAUCGAGGCGGGCACCGAAGAUACCUUCCGCGAAAUGCUGCGUAUCAAGCGCAGCGUCCAGGCGCAGUACAACACCGAGCUCGCCACGGUCCUCUCCUCGGUCGAGACCGGCGAGGCGCCCGCCGCGGCCGAAGGCGCCGACCCCAUGGCGAUGGUCGAGGCGCAGGCCAAGGGCGAUGCGCCCGCGUUCGUCUCGGCAAGCGCCUUGUCGCGGCCGGCGCAGGACGCGGCCAAUGCCGAGCAGGUCGGUGGCGAGGACGACGAUCUGUUGUAG